CAACGCUGAUGCAGUUGCCAUGGUGGGGAAGAUGGCGGAAGACGUCAAGGAAGCGGGAGCAGCUCCAAGUAGCUCGUCGAAUCGAAAUGACAGCUCAGCACUACCGCGACUUGCUGCGUGCGAGAAUCUCUCGAACUGGAUUCACUGCUUAUGUGUUGUCGCCUUUGACCUGGAGUUGGGCCAGGCGAUGGAGAUGGUGCUUCCGAGCGAUGCGCAACUUUCCGAAAAAGAGAAGAGCAGCAUCUGCUACCUGGCCUUUCCGGAUUCCAAUUCCGGUUGCAUGGGGGACACCCAGUUUCACUUCCGCAUCAGGCAGUGUGCACUGCCCCAGAGGCCACUGUGCCCUGCCCUGGUGGCGUACAAUGCCACAGUCGCACCUGCUCUGCAGGCUGAUCCUGCCUAUUUCCACGGAUUUGUGUACUUUCGUCAGGUCAAGGACCCCAACGUGCGUAGGGGAUAUUUUCAGAAGUCCCUUGUGGUGCUCACACGGCUGCCACUGGUUGGUCUCUUCAGCCGCGUGCUCUCCCUCAUAGCUCAGGAAUACUUUCGCACGAGUCUGCCUAGCCUCGAGGCAGCCCUGCGGAACCUGGAGAGCUGGCCUGCCCCCAUGCCAGGCUGUGCCCUCAGCCUGCCGCUGCAUGGAGUGUCCCUGGAGGCUCGAAUUCCGCCCCUGCAAGGUUUGGGCCGCACGCUAGGCCCGCCUUCGGUCCAGCCAGGUCUGGACCCAGUGCCCUCCGUGCACGAGGUGGACCUGUUUCGGUGCCUGAUGCCUUUGCUGUCUCAUGUACAGCUUCUGUGGGAAUUGGUGCUGGUGUCAGAGCCCAUAGUUGUGAUGGCUUCAUCGCCUGCUGUGUGCUCGGAGACUGUUCUUGCAUUAGUGGGGCUAGUGUGGCCCCUGCGGUACUGUGCUGACUACCGGCCUUUCUUCACAAUCCAUGACAGCGAGUUCAAGGAAUACACUGCGGGUUCACACUGCCUGCCCUCUGUGAUUCUGGGCGUGACCAACCCAUUCUUUGCUAAGACACUCCAGCACUGGCCUCAUGUGCUGCGACUUGGGGACGACCCUCUACCUGAUUCCCCUCAGAAGCUCAAGAAAGCAGGCCAGCUGCGGACGCUAGACAGCAAACCAGGCUUGUACACCCAGCACAAACCAUUCCUGCAGAAAGACAAGGUGCUCCUCAAGAAGCUGUCAAAGGGUGUGCAGACCAGGCGCCCGAGUGAAGUUCAGAGUGCCCUGCUCAAACGCUACCUCCUUGAGCUCACACAGAGCUUCAUGAUUCCCUUGGAACGCUAUAUGGCCAGUCUGAUGCCUCUACAGAGGAACAUAUCUCCAUACAAGGGCACACCAUCACUGAAACCUUUCAACCAGGAUGAUUUUCUUCGUAGUCUUGACACAGCUGGUCCUCAGCUGACAACUGGCAUUAAGGGUGACUGGGCAGCACUUUACAGGAGAUUUUUCAAAAGCAGCAACUUCAUAGGCUGGUACCAGGGACGCCGAAAAGAAGCCUCUCAGAAACUGCAGGCAUUGCACGCUGAAGCCAUUUCAGAUGCUGAUUUGCUUCUCUGGACGAGGGACAAGGAGGAAGUGGAAGUUGUUGACCUGGUCCUUAGGCUAAAGGACAAACUGGUGUCUGGCGAGAAGGGCAGUCUGCCCGUGACACCACAAACCAUGGCCAAGCUGCGACGGCACGUACAAGCCAUUGUCUCUGGACUUCCUGAAGACUUGCAGCAAGUGCUCGCAUCAAGUCGGUGACACUGUCCUUGUAAAUAAAAUUUUAAAAAGAAAAAG